AUGAAAGUGACAGUAACUUUCGGGGACACCUCUGUGGUGGUUCCCUGCAAAGCUGGGUGGACGGUCCGGGAUUUAAGCGAACAAGCCACGCGGAGGUACCGCAGGAUUUUGGAGCAGCGUGGAGAGACUCCCAUGCAGACCCACCACUUGGAGUAUGCGGAGGGAGGCAUCCUGGACAUGGAUGACCUGCUGAGUGAUCUAGUGGACGACAGAGACAAGCUGGUGGCAGUGUUUCACAAAGCCCAGUAUGGAAGGACAGAGAGCCCCAGAGAGAGUAUGUCCAACGGCUCAUCCAGUGCCGCCCCAAGUCCAGAACCCUUCACCUACUACCCCCACCUGCAGUACCAGGACGAAAACAGAGGAGAGAUCGAAGUCAACGAGGCCGUCCUCAAAGGAAAUACUCCACUACUGGUGAGGAGCAGCAGCGACUCUGCUUUGGCCCCGCCCACUGAGAUGACACCUCCACCUGAUAACCAAAGCAAUGGAACUCCUGAACCGGAAAUCAACAAUGUACUGAAAGGAGCUCUGGACCGACUUGCUGAAGACCCCCCUGCCAAGAUGAGCAAGGUGAACUUCAGUAGUCUGACGAGGACAGUUGCGUUCCCUGGCGACCGUGGACCCCUGGGUAUACAUGUGGUUCCCUACUGCUCCUCUCUCAAUGGACGACCUCUCGGCCUCCACAUUAGAGGCAUUGAGGAAAACAGCCGAUCCAAGAAGGAGAAUCUCUUCAGGGAGGAUGAGUGCAUCGUCCAAAUCAAUGAGACGCCACUCCAGGACAAGACCUUUGCACAGUCACAGGAAGUGUUCCGCCAAGCUAUGGGCUCUUCUUCAGUGCGUGUCGAGAUCCUUCCUGCGGCCAACAAGUCACGCUACGAGAAAAGCUUCAUAGGCCAGCUUUUCACCAGCGACAGCAAAGACUCUUCCACUAAAGCCAGUCCGGUGGUGGUACGCGCUAAAGCCGACCCCCAACCAGAACCCAAACCAGAACCCAAAAUGAACGCCAGGACAGAUAUGAGGCGACCAGAUGCUCACUCAAAACCCCCAGAGCCAACUGUGCCAAACACACAACCAGUGGAGCUCCAGCCUGCGCACGGCUCUUUAGAGAGAGCGUCUCCCACUUCCAUAGCUAAGGGCGGGAGCUCCUCCCCGAUGCCAUGGACCCGCAGCGAAAGCCCGCUGGCCAGUAAGAGUCCCGCUGCGCCCAGCCUGGCUAACCUUACCAACAGGAAAGGCGGCAAGAAGUUAAAAAUUGACUUGAAGAAAGGCUCUGAGGGUCUGGGUUUCACCGUGGUAACCAGGGACUCAUCUGUCCAAGGGCCAGGGCCUAUCUUGGUGAAGAGCAUCUUGCAGCGCGGCGCAGCGGUGAAGGACGGACGCCUACAGCCAGGGGACCGCAUCCUUGAGGUAAACGGAGUAGACAUGACAGGCCGUAGCCAGGAGGAGCUGGUGGCCAUGCUGCGCAGCACCAAACAGGGAGAGAGCGUGUCUAUGGUGGUGGCUCGGCAGGAGGACAUCUUCCUGGCUAGGGAGCUGAAAAGCGAGGGCACGGGUGUUCGGGUGAUGGAGGACGGCAGGGAGCAGCUGAUGUACGAGAUCCCCCUAAAUGAAACGGGCUCGGCCGGCCUGGGGGUCAGCCUAAAGGGCAACAAGUCCAGAGAGACCGGAGAGGACCUAGGAAUCUUCAUCAAGUCGAUCAUCCACGGAGGGGCCGCCUAUAAGGACGGCCGUUUGUGUAUAAACGAUCAGAUGAUAGCGGUCAACGGCGAGUCGCUGCUCGGGCGCUCCAACCACGCCGCCAUGGAGACCCUGAGACGGUCCAUGUCGUCAGAGGGAAAUGCCAGAGGCACCAUCCAGGUGGUCGUUCUCCGAGCUCCCAGACAGAUGGGGAACGCCAACUCCACGCCAGCUGCAAAUCUCUCCACCAACCAUCAGCCCAACAUUCAAACUGGCUCCAGCAAUCAGGAUCCUCGGAGCCACGAUUCAUACCAGAGACCCUCAGGACCCUCCAGAGCCCCGAACACAGAGUCCACCACGAAUGGUGCGAGUCACACUCCAGCUAUGACGAACAACUACACAUACAGCAAAUCUGGAAGUGCGCCGUCUCCUGCUGCAGCCGCCGGUGACAGCCAUGGUCACUACGGCAAUGACGACGAGGAGCAAGACUUCCCCCCGCCGCCCUCCCCCAACACCGUGGAGCAAAUGAAUAGAGACUUAUCGCUAACCUCCCCAUCCCACAGCGAGCUUCAGAAGGUGUCCCGCGCCGCUCGAGCUUUCUACGCAGAAAACGCAAAGGACAACGUACCUCGCAACAGAACGUCCAAGAGCAUGGACAUGGUGGCUGAUGAAAGCAACGUGGGAUCACUGGUCGGGCAGAAGAACAAGCCUUCAGAAGGAGGCGCACUGGGCCCCACCCUGGGCCUCAUGAAGUCCAGCUCCCUGGAGAGCCUCCAGACGGCCAUGUCUGAGGUUAAGCAGAGUCACAUCCAAGCACAAGUGCCCUUUCAUCGCCCACGGCCGCACAUGGUCCGGGGGCGGGGAUGCAACCAGAGUUUCCGCAUCGCCAUUGACAAGUCCUACGACGGACCUUCUGAAGAUGACGAUGACCUGUCAGACCACAGCUCCGGUCACGAGACUCCCGCCAGCAGCUCGUCUCGCCAGGAUCUGGAUGCAGAUGAUGGAAAAAAGAAGAAGAAGAAGGAAGUAAAAAAGAAGAAAGAAAAGAAGAACAAAGGGGGGAAGAAAUCGGAAAAUAAUGCGGAGGACGCGGAGAAGAAGACCAAAAAGAAAGGAUUUGGCCUCUUAAGGUUUGGCAAGAAGAAGGACGACAAGAGCAAAGAUGCAGCAAAAGCUUCAAAGAGCAAACUGGAGGCUCUGAGUGAGGAGGAGCUGGACAGGAUCCCUGAUGACAGAGAUGGCUAUGACCCACGUUACGCCGAGGUCCAAUCUGGUCACGUCACCCCCGACCCAUCUUCCCUCCCCGAUGUGGAGGACGACGACAUGGAUCCGAACUACGCUCGCAUCGACAACUUCCGCCAGCCGCCCUCGCCCCAGUCCUUCGUCACCCGCACACCCUCCCCUUCAGUACCAGGUGGGGGGACUAGCCUGCAGCAAGCAUCCUUCGAGGACCUCGAUGGGCUCUACGCCAAGGUCAACAAGUCGAGAGCCCCGCCCGCUUCGCAAAACCAGCAUCAGACAACGGCAGAGAGUGAUCAGCGUCUCCACGGAUUGCGCAGGGAGUACAUGCAAGCCCGAGCCGCUCCAGGUUACGAGGAACUAGAUGCAGCACGACGCCGGAUCCUGGAGUAUGAUCCCAACCGGAUGGCGCCCAGAGGAGCCGAAUCUCGACCUAACCACCGCUAUGAAGAAAUAGACCGACAAAAUCUCACACAACCCAGGAGGGAUCCAUAUGAUUACCCCACCCACUCCAGACCCGUGCCACGAGAUUCCGGCCCCAACCUUUACCACGACGCUCCAGGUGCCGGUCACUCUGGCCGUUUGCCAGACCCCCAGUCGAGCACCCAGUCCCAGCAGCCCCUCAGCAAUCCGCGCUACUACCCCUCUUCCCAGAUGGGACAGCAGCACCGUGCUGCUUCAAGGCAGGACGUCCCUCCGUCGCCCACCAUGGGUCACAGAGGGCGCCAGUACUACGACUCCGGAGGGAGAAGAGACGGCUACCGGCAAGCCAGCCCCGGCCGCUACACCAGUCCAGAGAGGUACCCUGCCAACAGGGAGCGUUACAACAGCCCCGACCGCUACGGUAACGAAAGACAGUCUGACCCGAGACGGAAGAACCCCGCGAUUGGUGCAGUUUAAACAGCAGACCCCUGCGAAGAAUAUAAAGAUAGUGUAUCGCUGUCACCUGUCGCCAGGCUGCAGAAGUGAAAUUUUGCCAUAUUGAUUGAUGUGAUGCAAAAAAAAAAAAAAAAAAAAAUAGGGCUUAUUUUGAGAGGGAGAUUUGUGUUUGUGCGUUUAUAGAUGUUUCCAGCUGCUUGUAUAUAUUUGCCAGUGUGCCGUGCUAUAUAAGAACAGGACACAGGAUUUUAUGAUGUAGAAAUUAAAUGAAGUUAAAUAAAUUAUAUAGAGUAAACUUGGUGCCAAAUGUAUGAAAUCAAGUAUAUUCCAAGCUAUGAGCUGACUUUGCACACGCUGAUCAAGCUGAAGGAAAAUAAGAGGGGAUCACCUUGACCCGUCGGACCGCUCCAACACGGAGAGACGGGAAGUUGAAGUGGACAAACAGGAAAAGGAAAUAACACCCCUUCUUCUUGUCUUCUUGUCCUUGAUGUUUAGUCGCUUGGACUUCCUUUACAUCCUGCUAUUGCACUGCUUUGUUUUUUUCCUUUGCUUUAUUUUUUUAUUUUUUUUUUUUGUAUUGUCACCAUUACUUAUUUGGAUGUGGCUGCCUGUGUGCUCAUUAACUGUAUAAUUGCAAAUUUGCAAAUAAGUUUAUUUGUGAUACUUUUUGUAGAGCUUCUAAUAAAUGUAUGAAUCUUGAUCUGCACCUUGUGCAAAAACUAAUGAAACAUUUUACCCUUCAACUCCUCACUGCUGAGAGUCAAUGCACUGAAAACAAAACGUGUCAAUGGUGGUUUGAUUUAAACUUGCUGUCAAAC